AUGGCCGUGUCAGCUGUGAACACAGGAGGUCGGACCCUGCGCCUUGGUGCACGCGGCAGGGUGUCCCAGGGACCCGCAUUCACCAGACAGAGUCUGGAGCACGUGGUGUACAGGGGAGCCCGCCUUGCCACUCAGAGCUGCACGCCCGCUGGGAAGGAGGGCCCUCCGACCGAGGCCCCCAUGUUUUCGUCGGUCACACCCUGCUCGGGCGGCCUGACGGUCUGCCCUGGGGCUCGGGAGGCAUCUGUGCGCCCCCGGGCGGUACCGUGGACGGCGGCGGCAGCGUGGGGCCGCCUGGUCCCCGUCCCGGGCGCCUGCCUCCCUGGGAAGCGCGUUCUGGGUGGAGGUGGGCGAUCCCAGGAGGCCCACGGCCCCCCGUGCCCCCGCCGGCUGCGGUCAGCCGGGAUUUCCAGGAUGAGCGUCCUCAUCCCGGUGGUGCUUCGCUCCCAGGACAGUGCCGUCGGGCCAAAGGCAGCACUGCGGUCUGAGGGAGUGGACACCAGGCUAGACCCAGCCUCCCCGCAGGCCCUGGCAGCAGGGCCGCCACACUGCUUGGAGGAGGUCAGCCUUCCGCCGCCCGGCGCCGUGGCUCCCGAGGAAGGCGCGAAGGAUCGCGAUUGGCGAUUGGCCGCGCUUCGGGCCUUCGGAUGGGAGUCCUCGGACACCACGCUCGGGAACCGGGACCUUCUGGAGCUUAGGAAUCGAGAGGACGCGGAGCGAGGGGGCACCCGGGGCGUCAGGCUGGGGGAGCGCAGCCCAGACAGAGGCGCCCACACCCCGGACAGAGCCUGGAGUCUCGGCUCCUGGGUCAAGCGUGAGGACGAGGUUGUAAUGGACGCCCUGGCCUUCCCCGCCAUGGCGUUCUGUGCCAGGAUCUUGAGUCUCUUGAGCCUCACCCUCUCGGGAACCAGGUCCAGGAAGAGCUGGAAGACUGUGCCACCCAAGCGGCCCAGGGUGAAUGGCUGGUCGCAGCCCAUCCACUACUUGCAGGUCGUGGCCUGGAUGGUGUUCCUGAUCGUGACCUUCACCACCUUCGGCAUCUUCAUUCCCUUCCUGCCACCCGGGUGGAGAUACAUUGCCUAUGGUGUGUCCAGCGGGAUUUCCCUCUUCUACGUCGUAGUGCACUUGAUCGCUGUUUCCAUUGAUCCGGCCGAAGCCAACGUCCGCCUCAAGAGGAGCUACUCACGGUCUGUGCCCACUUUCGACCGAUCCAAACACGCGCAUGUCAUCCAGAGGCAGCAUUGUCACCUGUGCCAGGUCAUCGUGACUAUGAAAGCCAAGCAUUGUAGCACCUGCAACAAGUGUGUCUUGGGCUUUGACCAUCACUGCAAGUGGAUUAACAACUGCGUGGGGAAGAGGAAUUACUGGUACUUCUUCACGUCGGUGGCCUCAGCUUCGGCCGGACUGCUGUACAUGGUCUCCAUCCUGCUGUACGUCUUCAUCCAGUACUUCAUCGACCCCGCCGGGCUGCGCACCGACCCACACUACACGGGCAUCUCCGAUCAGAACACGUGGCUACUGUUCCUUCCGUUUUUCCCUGUGAGGACGAGCACCCCUGUCUUCCUGGGCAUCGGGGUGCUGGUGCUGCUGCUUGAGCUCAUCAGCCUCCUGCUGCUUGGUCACCUGCUCUUCUUCCACAUCUACCUGCGGUCCAGGAAGUUGAGCACACUUGACUACAUAAGGCAAAACUACCAACAGGAGAGCUCGACGCCCCUGGCAGUGAAGAGCGAUGUGACCUCACAAAGCAAAGAGUUGUCACAGCAGCCGGAUAACCACCUGAGAUCAGCUGUGCAGGGCAGAAAGAAGCUCAAGGAGUUCCUGCCAACUUCCAUGCACCUGCGUCUAUGCUCCACUGCCGUAAAGCCAGAGGACACCUCGUCGUCAGAGCAACCAGUUGCCAGCCUGAGUUCAUCUCUACAGAGAGUGAAGCUCACAGAACAGGACUCCACCAUCAGCACCCUAGGCGAGAGCUCCUCGGGGCUGGAACUGGAUGCCAACCUGAGUUCAGCCACAGUGGGAGUGAAGUGGGAGGUGUUCCUGCUGCCACCGUCCAGGUGGUCAGGUGUGACCGACCUCAGGACCAUCGGCCCAGAGAGCUCCCUGCAACCCCAGGAUGCAAAGGAUCAGCAAGAAAUAAGGCAGCAUAUGGAAGGAGACGUGGCGGAAAACCAAGGCUCAGCUUCAGGAGCCCAGGGACCUGCGCCGACUGAGAGCCCCUUCCAGGGCUCCUUCUCCGCCAGUAUGCCGCCUGUGGAGUCGGUCCCGGAAAGCCACUCUCCCCUGUCCUCUCUGCAUGGCCACAGAAAGGACACGUGGUCCCAGAGGCGCUGGGACGUCCUCCCCGGCAGCCAGGAGCCCUGGAGCUUGGAGUCCACGGUCCUCAACAUCUCCGGGAGGUGCCAGGAGGUGCCCCGUGUGUGGACAAAGGUGCCGUACAUGCAGAUGCCCCAGGGCCUGCCCGUCAUCAAGGAGGAAGAGUAUGGGAGGAAGGCGCUCCCUGCCAACAGCGUGGAGGAGGGCUGCAGCACCGAGGAGGCCACUGAGCCCGGCAGCUCCCCCAGGGCCACCGUGAUCGUAAUGCCUGAGGACCCGGAGCUCGAGGACGGGGCUGCUCCGCCUCUGUAGAGCAAGCGUGUCCCCCAGGACGCCCUCCCUCCAGACCUGCUCACACAGUCUGGCCUCAUUUCCAAUUCUAGGAGGGGACCUGGGCCCUGCCAUCCACCGGCAGACCCCGCCAUCCACCGUCAGACCCCGCCGUCCACCGUCAGACCCCGCCGUCCACCGUCAGACCCCGCCGUCCACCGUCAGACCCCGCCGUCCACCUUCAGACCCCGC